GGGAUUUUGCGAUCGGAAUGGGACAACUUUGGCUUUCCGUCCCCCGUGUUGGAGAGUUGGAACCUGUCAAACGCUCACCGAUUCGGAGUGUCCCUGGCCUGGGAAAGGGUGCGUGUGGCGGAGUUCGCUUCCGGUGUACUUGAGUAUUGCGCAAGGCACAUGCUUUCUUUGAGAACUUGUAUCGCACUGGGAAUGGGGGAUGAUUGGAAGGUCUCGACUUGGGGACAAUGGAUAACGAAGCUUUAAAUUUACUCAGGUGAGAGAGCGCAUGAGGUUCAGGGGAAAGUUGCUUUCACAAUGGUAAACUCCACCCUUUUCCAUUUUCUCCAUUUUCCGCUCCAACCUCCCGCUCAGGGUCACAGCACAUCGCGGGCACUGAUUGCUCGGGUCGAUUGGUUCGGCUAUCAUGAAUUAGUAAAGUGUAAUGUUUGAAGGGAAAAAAUCGGGGCCGAAUAUCUCCAUUCCAUUCUUCCUGUUUUCCUCCUCCUUCUCGCUCUUCACCCACGCUCCCUUGCCCUAUUUUUCAGUCGUUCUGCCCAUCCUUUUGCUUGAUCUUGGACUUACAGAGCGGAACCUGUGUGCUACCACCCAAGCUGUAUCCAAGCAAGCGUCCUCUCUUUCCGUAGAAAAGAAACUUGCAGGGGAGGGGGCUCCCUUUGCGCGCAACGCCCCAACAAGCCCUCAUUUCAUCCGUUCCUUUUUUGUAACCAGUCCAACUUUUGUGAUCGACCACUUCCCCUCCCGUCCCACUCUGCUUCUACAAGUACUUCCCAAUUUCCUUUUUUUCCCAUCUUGUCACUCUCACUUUUUAAGCUAGCACUUCCCCUCACACUCGUUUUAUUGUUGCUGCUGGAUAUUUGGACGGACGGCCGGGCGAACUUGGUUUACGUUUGGAAAGGCACGAGCAGAGAACAAAGGAAAGGUUAGGAAAGGAUAGGAGAGAGUGCGGAGGGAGGACAUUCAACGGACAACCAAGGAGACAAAGUUCAGAUCACGACUCAGCAAAGCCGUCCACCUUCCACGGCCAAAGGACAAGUCCUCGACGAAACUGAUGUCUCCACCUUCCUCGCAACGGUAAUAUAUUCUAGAGAACGACCAUGACAGCCCGCAGUCCCCCAUUGUUCCGAAUAUGCCUUUCCCGUCGCUCCCGUCUCCACGCCAUCACUCCAAAUCACUCGCCUUUUCUCCUUAUCCUCCUCCUCAUAACGUUACUCCUCCCACCGCCACAGGUCCUUGCGCAGAAUUCGCCAACUCCAACAAGCAUUUCCCCCAGCUCAGCCUCUGGAACUGGAUCGGCCAACGUUGAUGGGAUAACGGUGGAAUCCAGCGAUUCCUCCAACGAAACAUGGCCAAGGCUCUUUGACUCGACUAGUGUCAGUGCGAACAGUUCGUCGAGCUCAUGUCCGGCCUUCUUCAGUAAGUUCCUGGCGGAUAAAGUCUUUUUGGAUUGCUUGCCAUUGUCAGGUCUUCUCCUGGUUUGAGUUCCCCCCCCCAGCGCUUCGCAUCGGCCAUUUCUCUAAUCAGGGUCCGGCGGAUAGAACUCGUUGAGCUACUUCGACAUCACGAAAAAGGGAACCUUCGCAACAGCGAGAGUGGUCGACAAAACCUGCAAUGUUCGCCUAGACACAUGCACCGAUACGAUGGAGAGGCUGGGCUGGCAAAUCCUCCUUGAUGAGAAUUGCGGUCAGGAUUUCAGGGAUCAGAACCCCAUUGUCGUCCAGGCCUACGCAGGGUUUAUUUCCUACCGGGUGGUGUAUUCCGCCGGGUGUUUGAAGUCGGCUUCCGGGUCCUACUGUACGUUUUCCCUGGUUCGGUUGGUUAGAUGUGGAUGUAGGACUAAUGGGGGGGGAUGCAUAUAGGCUACGUCGACGCCAUCACGAACACUACCAGCCCGAGCGAUUCUUACGUGUAUUAUCUACCACUGGGGAUCAAGUUCCCUGGGGGGUCUAGACCAACGUAUGUCUAUCCACCUUGCAUUUCCGGCGGGCACUGAUGAUGCGCGCACACAGCUGUUCCCCUUGCCUUUCCCAGACAAUGGCGAUUUUCGCCAGCACCGCCGGAAAUUCCACGCAGCCGCUCUCAACCACGUACGUUUCCGCGGCCGAACAAAUUAACAUUGGUAUCAUACCUCUUCAUCUUCUUCUCCCACCUCUUCGACGUAUCACGGCUAACCACUCGUAGGUUGUGGUCCCAACUUUGUCAAUUCGACUGUGGAACCGAUGAGCGAUGCCCCAGCGAGUUCUCCCAGGCCCGCCGUCGUCGCUGCGACAGCGGUCUUGUGUAUCUUACUCGUGCUAAUGUAAAGUAUGCUUCUUCUUCUUCAUAUCAUUAUACCCACGCACAAAUAAGCGAAACAAAAGCGAAACUACAAACUUAUUUAAUAAGGUGGAUUCUACCAUAUUUUUGGAUAGGGUGUUGCAGCUUUUUUUUAUUUUCCUUUUCUUUUCCUCGCAUUCACCUUCCUUUUCUACUGUAAGAUGGGGGGACUCUUUCUCUCGAAUUUUUCUUUCUCUUUUUUCUCAUGGUGAGGGUUGUUUUUUUUUUUUUUUUUUGAUCGUUAUCGGGUCUGGUCUGGUCUGGUUUGGUUUGGUUCGCCUGGGCUUAUAUCGAUUGGGCCGUCGGGCAUGUAUUUGUUUUGUGUAUUCUCUCUGUAACAUAUUGGUACGAGUUGUAGGAAUACCAUAAGAUGAAACUUUGCUAUUAUACAAUAAUAGUAAGUAAGUAUCAUAUAUCAGGUAGGUAUGUAUGCAGGAGUUAGGGUAACCCGUUUUCUGAAAUAAAAAUUACAAAGAUGGUGUCAUUUCUAUUUAUCUAUUCCACUGCCGUGUACUAUAGUACCCUGUUUGGCGUAUCAUGUGUGUACCGUACCGUACAGCACCACUAGCUAAAAAUUCUUUAAUAAUCCAUGAGCACUUAGGGAGAUAUUUGAAAGAAUUUUGAACCAUAUUAUUAAUUUUUCAAUUUUUUUACAACUCCAGAAUGCAUUGAAUGGAAUGUGUGAACUUGCAUGGUUUGGGUUGUUACAUGCCAUUUUGCUCAUCAUUUUUGUCGCUAGCCUCGUACAAACCCUCUAAUGCCACGUAGUCAGCCUGCCCUUUCUAAGGCCACCAAAGCUGUCCUUCUCUCCCUCAUUUUUCCACUAAAACUCCCCCACCCCCCGUCCUCAUCCCCCAUCUUUUCUCCCCUCGUGUCCGUUCCUCCUCAAUAUCCAUUGUCGGACGAUAGCUGUCUUUCCCCAUAAUACAGCCAAACAUUCUUAAUGCUGCUUCCCCCUGACGUGCCAGAGUCGAAUUGAGUCAUCAAACAUAUCCUUUCGUCGGGAAACCUUUUUAUUCAGUCCCGAGCCUACAUUUGUUUCCGCUGCUCCCCUCCUCUAAUAAUAUUCUUCCGCUGCUCCCCUUCUUUGAUAUUCAUCCGUGGAACGGUACCCCCCCCCAUUUAUUACCUGACGGGAAUCCCAACCAGAGUGGUAUGUUCACUACAGAAUUGCUAAACAUCAUAUUCAAGGCUAAUUACAUAGAUAUCCUCCAGAUGACACCUGCGAUUGUAUAUGGUGAGGUUCAGGAGGGUGCUUCCAGAACAGAUAAUCUGGCAAUGGCAAAGCGAAUUUUGGCAGCAGCGGUGCCUAUCGUAUCACGGACCCAAGUAGGGUCAUAUAGUGAUCCACAAAGUGCAUACACAAAUGAUGCCGGGUGUUCAUUUCUACAAUCAGUUCUGCGGACGGAAAGAGUUGCUCAGGAAUUACUUGACGAGACCAAGCAAUUACGCACUGAGACCAAGCAAUUACGCACGGAGACCAAGCAAUUACGCCAAGAAGUUACCAUCUUACGCCCUCUGAAGGCCACAGCGAUUGAUAUCCGAUCACGCUUCUUUGCUUUCUUUCGCCGUAAGGAGGGCCUGCAGGGAGUUGGAAUUGACUCUGCAAUUCGAGAAGGAAAUGAGACAGCGCAUGCUAGUGACGUGCUAACCGAUAUCUGUCUAUUGCAAAAUGGACUUAUCGCCUACGAAAACACCUUUAUCUUGCUAUAUGGUAUACGCUGGGAGGUGGCAGCCAAGGUGACCGGUAGGCUAACAGAUCUUUGCUCAUUGUUUGAAUAAUGUACUAUUGUUUCUCACUAACUAUGGCUUCAGAGCAUGAGUAUAUGAUUACUGCCCUAAAUCACCGAGCAACAGUAGUCUCCAAUGAUCACAAAAAGUGGCAAAGUCAACGGGACUUUGAGAGUCUGAUACAGUGGACAAUAAAUGCCACCCCCGAUGAACGCGCAGUUGUUGGAACAGACCUGGUAGGGAGGACCUAUGCAAGAAGGCUGCUCUUAAGUAUUCUUCGGAAUAAUGGAUAAGUAUGCAGGUGAUAUGCGGUUGUGAAUUCUUUUCUCGAUGGCGGGCGGGAGAGUAGGGUUGCGUUCGGAUACUUUGGGGGGCUUCUCGGAUGUGCGACUUGUUGGGGGAACAGUGGUGGGGGAUUUCGUUUGCAGAGAUAUGCUAUCUUUCUUGAAAAAAUAAAAGGUGAGAUGCAAUAGAUCAAUAGGAUCACAAGAGUUUGUUUUUGUUUUUUUUGUUUUUUUCUUCUGCACUCGUUAAUGGAGCCAAUGAUUGAUUGAUGUUGACUUUUGUUCCUCUUUAUUGCUUCCCAUUUUUAUUGUUAGUACAGGUUGUAUUUCGACUUUCCUUCUACUUGAUUACUUGUGUCAGAGCUGUUUGCAGUUUUGGCUCCUGUGUAUCUGGCUCCUCUACCUAUCAGCUGUUACGAACCCUUUUACUUCUUACUACCUGUUUGCGGACUCGGAGGUCAAGAGACAAGAAGCUGAGAUGAUGUUUUCCUAUGAGAUAGAUAUCACCUUGGUAGACAAUAUAAAUUAAGAGUUCAUUGACUUCGAAUUGGGUACUGGGGUAAACUUCUGCUUUGAGCUUUCGCAUCUUGGCCCAUAAAAUGAGGGUGGGGGCGUCCAUGUCAUUGUAUUUUCAUUAGGAGGUAGAGGGAGAACAUAACUCAUAUCAGGGGUCUGUUAUAGUGUUCCUGACAUUCAAUACCGUACCUUUGGCCACCUGUUGUAUGUCGAAAAUAGGUUGGAGUGAUGACACAAUCUCCAAAGGGGCUUGUAGAGAGUUAGGGUACGUCUGGUGGUCAUGGGUGUUGGGUAGUGCUAUAAUCGCAAAACACAAGUUGCAACCGGAUACUGGAGUUAUCUCAAGUUAGCAUAAUCUGGUAAAAUAAAAGUCACAGUAUGUGUCUGGUUGACAUACAAACAAUGUCCAAGAAAUAUGUAUUAUGUAAUAAUCACAAUAAUAAAAGUAGUCAGAUUCUGUUGCGUACUCAAUCAAACAUUUUCAAUUUCAAUUGAUCCUACCUUGUUCUCCUCUUUUUUUAACAUUACAAGCGAAAUGGCAAAAACAAAGUAGACAGAGGCAAUGGUGGAAAUCUUGCUAAGGACUUUGUAUGAGCAGGUUGUUCGAGGAGAAAGGGUGGAAAAUAGUUUCAAAAAAAAGACAUGGAUGGCAGCAAAGGAAGGACUUAAGACAGCUUACACAAUUGACUUGGAAGCAAGUCAACUAAAAAUCAAAUAGUCCAAUGUAUGUUAGCUGAAUCUUGAGAAUGUAUGCUAAAGAGUACAAAAAUAUAACUAAAAAAUGAAUGAUAGUUAAAAAAGGAUUACGAUACCUAUAUGAUAAUAAAAAACAAUUCAGACUUUAGAUGGAAUGCAGUACAGGGAGUUUUAACAGUAUCAGAAAGUGUAUGGGAUGCCUAUAUGAAGGCACAUCCAGAAGCUGAAAAGUUUCAUAAACGAAGCCUAGUUAAUUACGAUAUAUUGCAUGAGCUUUAUGCAAAUAUAUCGGCAACUGGGGAAUAUGUACUUACCUCAAACCUUUCUUCACAAACUGAAUCCCAGUUUCCUACAACCCAGUAAGCCCACAGCUAAACCAGUAGGUCGCCUACAACUCCAUUAGCAAAAUCCAAUAGCCCAUACAUACAAGUGGUUCUGGAAACAUCUGUUGUCUCCAGAAAAGAGAGCGGAAAGGGGUACCUAAGAUAGGAGGAGAGAGAGGAAAGUAAUGGGAGUAAUAUGGAGGGUGGAGAGGAAAGAGAAGUUACAGUAAAUGAGAGUACUGAUGUAACAUGUUCGCACCAGGGUGUUAGUCACGCUUCCAGGUACAAUAGGACUAUGGUACAGUGCAGUACCAUGUUAACGUGGGAAAUGGGGAGAAUCCAGAAUUUAUGCUUACAAAUGAGGCGUAGAUAAAGUUGUACGAUACGAUACUAUUACUAUCAGAAGGGGAAAACUCAGUUGAUUGGUGGAGUACCGAUAUUACCGUAUAGUUAUAUGAUAGCCAUUUAUAUUUCUUCAUCCCAAAUUAUUGGGAGGUCCUUUUUUUGUCCAAUGGGGCUUACCU